ACCAACCCCCUUCCCUUUCCUUCCCUUUCCUUCCCUUUCAACCUUCUAUAAAUUUCCUUCGAUCUUUACUCCUCCCAAGCUCCAUCCAGAUCUGAUCUCUCCGCUGCUGUGCCAUGGAUCUUCUCCUGCUGGAGAAGGCCCUUUUGGGCCUCUUCGCCGCCGUCACGCUCGCCAUCGUCAUCUCCAAGAUCCGCGGCAAGCACUUCAAGCUUCCUCCCGGUCCCCUCCCCGUGCCUGUUUUCGGAAACUGGCUCCAGGUGGGCGACGACCUCAACCACCGAAACCUCACCGAUCUCGCCAAGCGUUUCGGCCACAUCCUUCUCCUCCGCAUGGGCGUCCGAAACUUGGUGGUCGUCUCCUCGCCGGAGCUCGCGCGCGAGGUCCUCCACGCGCAGGGGGUCGAGUUCGGCUCCCGCACCCGUAACGUCGUUUUUGACAUCUUCACCGGCAAGGGCCAGGACAUGGUCUUCACCGUCUACGGCGACCACUGGCGCAAGAUGCGGCGGAUCAUGACCGUGCCCUUCUUUACCAACAAGGUGGUGCAGCAGAACCGGCAGGGGUGGGAGGAGGAGGCGCGCCAGGUGGUGGAGGAUGUGAAGAAGGACGCCAAGGCCGCCACCGACGGAGUCGUGCUCCGCCGCCGCCUGCAGCUCAUGAUGUACAACAACAUGUAUCGGAUCAUGUUCAACUACCGUUUCCAAGGCAUGGAUGACCCCCUCUUCAACAAGCUCAAGGCGGCCAACGGCGAGCGCAGCCGCCUCGCCCAGAGCUUCGAUUACAAUUAUGGUGAUUUCAUCCCCAUCCUGAGACCCUUACUCAGGGGCUAUCUCAAAAAGUGCCAGGAUCUCAAGGACAGCCGUCUCAGUCUCUUCGAUGAUCACUUUGUAGCUCAGAAAAAGAAGAUGAUGGAGGAAAUGGGAUCUAAGAUGGAGCUCAACUGCGCCAUUGAUCACAUCCUGGAUGCGGAGAGGAGAGGGGAGAUAAACUACGACAAUGUUCUCUACAUAGUCGAGAACAUCAAUGUUGCAGCCAUCGAGACUACGUUGUGGUCGAUCGAGUGGGGGGUGGCGGAGUUGGUGAACCAUCCGGAGAUUCAGCGGAAGCUUCGGGCGGAGCUCGACACGGUGCUGGGACCGGGGGUGCCGAUCACGGAGCCGGACAUCCAGAGGCUUCCGUACUUGCAGGCGGUGAUCAAGGAGACCCUCCGGUUGCGCAUGGCCAUUCCCCUCCUCGUCCCCCACAUGAACCUCAACGACGCCAAGCUCGGCGGCUACGACAUCCCGGCCGAGAGCAAGAUCCUGGUCAACGCCUGGUGGCUCGCCAACAACCCCGCCCACUGGAAGAAGCCCGAGGAGUUCCGCCCGGAGCGCUUCCUGGAGGAGGAGGCCAAGGUGGAGGCCAACGGCAACGACUUCCGCUACCUGCCCUUCGGUGUCGGCCGCCGUAGCUGCCCGGGCAUCAUUCUUGCGCUGCCCAUCCUCGGCAUCACCCUCGGCCGCCUCGUCCAGAACUUCGAGCUGCUGCCGCCGCCGGGGACCAAGCAGGUCGACACCGCCGAGAAGGGCGGCCAGUUCAGCCUCCACAUCCUCAAGCACUCCACCGUCGUCUGCAAACCCAGGGCGUGAGAUCUCAUUCUCAUCUCAAAUUGAUUGAUUGUGCGCAUUCAUAGCUUCUGAUAUUCAGCAAUCGUGCUCUUCUUGGUGGGGUUUGCUAUUCUAUUCUAUUACGAUUUCAUAAAGAGCUCGUGCAUGGUUUGUUAGUCUUUGAUGGUAAACUUAGAGCUUCUUGGAACUUAAUUUUGUGAA